AUGGAGGAGUUUCAGAGCGAGGAAGAGGAGCCCUGGUACGACCAGCAGGACCUGGAGCAGGACUUGCAUUUGGCCGCAGAGCUGGGGAAGACGCUGCUGGAACGUAACAAGGAGCUGGAGGACUCCCUGCAGCAGAUGUAUGCCACCAACGAGGAGCAAGUGCAGGAAAUUGAGUACCUGACCAAGCAACUGGAGAUGUUGCGGCAGAUGAAUGAACAGCAUGCAAAAGUCUAUGAGCAGCUGGACCUGACAGCACGGGACCUGGAGCUGGCUAACCAGAAGCUCGUGCUGGAAAGCAAGACAUCCCAACAGAAGAUACAGUGCUUGACAGAAACAAUCGAGGGGCUGCAGAACCAAGUGGAGGAGCUGCAGAAGCAGGUGGAGGAGAUGAGGAGCCUGGAGCAGCUCCGCAUUCGGCGGGGAACCAUCCACACCUUCCCCUGCCUUAAGGAGCUGUGCUCCAGCCCCAGGUAUGAGGAUGGAUUCCAGAUCCACAGCUCUUCCACAGAGUUCAACCAGAAGCCACUGGAGAGGGAGAACGAACGUCUCCAAGCCAUGGUGAACUCCCUCAGGUCCCAAGUCAACCAGGAGAAGCAGCGGAAGGAGAGGGUUGAGCGGGAAUACACCUCUGUUAUUCAGGAGUACUCGGACCUGGAGCAGCGGGUGUGCGAGAUGGAGAACUGCAAACUGCGCAUCAAGGAACUGGAAGCAGAGCUCCUGGAGCUACAACAGAUGAAACAAGUCAAGAAGUAUUUGCUCAGCAGAGAAGACAACUUAUCCGAGGCCCUCCUUGAGCCGCUGAAUAACGCCCCAGAAGCUGACUACAUUGACCUCUCCGAGGAGGAGGGAGGAAAAGGGCACGGGCCAUCCAUGACACCUUCCCCAAACCACCCUGUGCGGAAGAGCUGCAGCGACACUGCCCUCAACGCCAUCGUCACCAAGGACGCCGUGAGCCGGCACGAGGGCAACUACACGUUGCACGCCAACAACGUGCGCAAGAGGGGCAUGUCCAUCCUGAGGGAGGUGGAUGAGCAGUACCAUGCCUUGCUGGAAAAGUAUGAAGAGCUCCUGAGCAAAUGCCGGCAGCACAAGGACAGCGUGCGCCACACAGGGGUCCAAACGUCCCGGCCCAUCUCCCGCGACAGCUCCUUCAGAGACUUCCGAGGAGAGGGACACGAGUUUGAAGAGCGGAAAACCAUGGAGAAGACCAUCAGCAAACACGUGGAGGCUGUGGACAAGCGGCUGGAGCAGAGCCAGCCCGAGUACAAGGCUCUCUUUAAGGAGAUCUUCUCCCGCAUCCAGAAAACAAAAGCAGACAUCAACGCCACGAAGGUGAAAAACAAGAGCAGCAAAUGA